CGGAGCUAGAACGAGCGAGCGAACAGAACACCCCCCCAAUUCCGACCCACCGGGAAGGGAAAACACCAGUCUUCUGAUAACCAACACCUUCUCCCACUUUUACGCAUCCAACCACGAUCUCUCCAGUGACGUUACUGUUGAAUGUGGGGUUGGAGGCUAUUCGGAUACAAUCUGUGUUCUGCUGGUUUGUUUUCACUGCAGUAAAACGGUUUGCUUCGAUCCUCCCCCGGAGUCAAGGUUUGAGAGGGAAGCAGCGCUUAACUCGCCGACUGACCAGCCACGGACAUGGCGAUGGGAUCACUGCAGUGGCCCUGUAAAUCUUGUGCUUAGUAAACCCCGCACUGUUGACGCCAUUUUCCUCAGGUUUUCUGUAAAAAAAAAAAAAACUUGCUCCAUUUGACAGCUACCAAGGACGCUGUCAGUGCAGACGCCGGUUCUGUAAAUGUGACCAAAUGGUUUUUAAAUGAUCUUGAUGACAUAUCUACACGAUAGUCUCAAGUGUUCGACAACAUUGGACAUGGUUUGGCUCUGUUGGAUUACCUGUGUUCCUGUGGGACAACCAAUCCAGACGCAGUAGCUACCGUUCCCAAGGCAACCCAGUCUGACGGACAGCCUGCUCUCUGCAAACCUAUUGGCUGGCUGCUGCGGCUCUCUGGAUCCUGACUGGUUCUGGCGGGAGCGUGGAUGGAGCCGAGGGAUCUGGUUGGCUCAGCCCGACCCAAGGAGGCGGAGUUAGGAGGCAGAAGGGCUGAGCCUGAAGAGGAAGAACAGGAAAGAGCGGGGCUGGGGCCAGCGUCGCGGGGUGAUGAGGUCAUUGGCGAUGUGAUGGGCGAGCGCUGGGGGUCCCAGGGGGAAGGGGAGGGGCUAGAGGAACAGGAGUUCUCCAUUAAAGAAGCCAGCUUCCAGGAGGGGAGUCUGAAGCUGAAGAUCCAGACCACCAAACGCAUCAAGAAGCCCCCCAAGAGUCUGGAGAACUACAUCUGUCCCCCGGAGAUCCGGAUGACCAUCAGACCCCCCUCAGGGGAGGGCCGAGGGGGCCGACUGGGGAGCCGCGCAGCACAGGACAAGGGACCCCCUAGGAAGAGGACCUAUGAGAGACCCUUCAAAGCAGCAGAACCUAGAGAGGGGGGGCUACUGCAACUACUGGGGGAUAUCACCCCCCCAAAACACCAGCCCAAGCCCUCUAUCCUACACACCACACCACUGCCCCCCCACACACUCACAUACCAACCCCAACAGCAACACACACAGCCACCAAAGUUCACACACCAACAUACACACAGUCCAGCCUGGGCCACGCCUCCCUCCGCAUCUCCAGCCAAUCCAGUGCAUGCGGAGCCUAGCAGAGAACCAGCGGGAGCCAAUAGGAGCCCUCUCUCUGACCUGGCCCCUUCCUUCCUCAAACCUCCAAUGAAGAGAGUCCCAGGAAGCCCCUCCCCUCGCUCUUACAGCCCAUCCCCCCAUCGACACCUGAGCCCUGAUCCCGUGUUGCCCGUAGUAACGGACGCUAGCAUUCUAAACCUGACCUCUCUCUCCAGAGGGCGGGGCUUACAGGAGGUCAGUGAGCAGCUGUUUGGAAACAUCAAGAGGAAGUACGGCAGGAAGGACCCCCAGAGAACUCAGGGUAAUACCCUCAAUGCAGAGCUGCCAUGGGGGAGGAGGGCAGAGAAAGAUGCAGAGAGUCCAAUAGUUCCAGAUGAAAGGCAGAAGUACAGGAGGGAGGAGACCCCUGAGCUGGAGAGAGAAGAGAAGGAGAGGGAGAGCAUAGGAAGGACAGGAGAGGAGGAGGAGAGGGAGAUGCCAACGCUUGGUGCUCCUGUGCUGAUGGAGGAGGGAAAAGGGAGGAAGAGGAGGAGGAGGCGGUCUCUCCAGGAGUCACUCACCCAGGAGGACCAAUCGGAGCAGCUGCAGGGCACUGACAUCACAGAGAGGAAUGAAUCAGGGCCUCCGGAGCCCAAACUGUCCCACAAAAUGAAAGGCCACAAGAUGGAAUCAUACAGGAGUGAGUCUAGGUCAGGUCGGGGUGGUGAGGGUAGCCAGCCAGAGGCAGACGGGGACAGAGGAGAGAAUGGGGAGAGAGCAGACAGAGCAGAGAAAGGAGAGAAGGGAGAGAAAGGAGCGAGAGGAGACAAAGGAGAGAAGGUGGAGAAAGGAGAGAGAGGAGAGAGGGGUAUGAGUGGAGCCGACAUGGAAUCAGCCAUGAUCCAGAGCUGUGUGAGGAAAAACCCAGUUGGCCGUCCUAGAUCAUCCACAGACCCCCACAAACACCCUGACCAUAACCCUAGCCCCAGAUUGACAAGCCCUAACCUCAACCAUAUCCAUAGUCCAAGAUCCAGUCUCAACCCUAACCCUACACUGCCCAACCUAAGCCCCGUCCUUAACCCUAACCCCAACACCAGCCCAAAACUCAGCCCUUACCCCAAACCCCCCAAGACCAAGGACCGGUGGUCCUACCUCAAGUCCCGAACCCCCCCCGGCCUGAUCCAGAGGGAGAGUGGCCGCAGCCCCCUGUCAGCCAUGUCUGAGCCGCCCUCUGCCUUCCCCAUCACCCCCUCCAGCCCCCUGUACACCAACACAGAUAGUCUGACUGUCCACACCCCCGCCAAGCGCAAACGAGGUCGUCCCAAAAAACAACCCCUGCUCACUGUGGAAACCAUCCAUGAGGGCACUUCCACCUCCCCCCUGAGCCCUCUGGCCCGGGACAGCCCCGCGGGGCUCAGCCGCAGGAGGAAGACUCACACGCUAACCACGCUAGCCCAAAUCACAUCGGGUUCCAUUAGCCCCAAUGCUAAUGGGUUGAAACUGCAGCGCAGUGAGGGUGGCCAUGUCAGGUCGGUGAAGAAGCUGAAGCUGGGGAAGGUGCAGAGUAUCCUGAAUGAGAUCCUAUCAGGCUCCGGCCAACAUGGCAGCCUGGCACUGAAGUCAGCCUCGGCUCCUGUCUCUUCCACCAUGACGGCCAUGGCCUCUACCAUUGAGGCGCAUCUGGGGAAGCAAAUCAACGUCAGUAAGAGAGGAACUAUCUAUAUCGGGAAAAAGAGAGGGAGGAAGCCACGCUCCGACACCCAAACCCUUCCCCACAGAGGCGGGGCCAAGCCUCCUUUGCCUGUCCCCAUGUCCAGCCUGUAUAACAGCCUCCUAGUGCCUUCCACCCUCCCUCCCAGCUCCACUACCCUCCUCCUCAGACCCAGUCACACCCUAUCCUCUCUGUGCCUCCCCGGCCCUCGCGGCCCCUACUCUGACGCCACCAUGCCCAGCCUGCAGCCCAUCAGUGCCCUGCCCUCUAAACCCCUAGGCAGGGGGCUACUGGGGGCCGGCUGGAAGCUGUCUCCCCCGCGCCUCCUGGCCAACUCCCCGUCCCACCUAUCUGAGGGGGCAGCAUCGGUCAAGGAGGUGACGCUGUCACCCAUCAGCGAAUCACACAGCGAGGAGACCAUUCCCAGCGACAGCGGCAUAGGGACGGACAACAACAGCACCUCUGACCAGACAGAGAAGGGAACCAACGCACGACGCAGAUACUCAUUUGACCUGUGUGGGUUUGAGGCUGCGGAGGCUGCAGCUCUGGAGGCCUCCAGUCGCGGCAGUAGGGGUCGCUGCGUGCGGCAGGCGGCAGUGGUGGACAACUUCCUGUCCCAGCAAGAGAAGAAGCAGAAACACCGCAGGAAGAGGAAGUGCCUGCAGAGCCGAGACCACCUGCACUUCCUGUCUGAGCUAGAAGAGGUUGUGGUGAAGCUGCAGCAGCUACAUGUGUCUCACCGACGCUACGCCUCCUGCUACCCCCAGCACCCCUACCCCUCCAUCUUCCGCCUCAACUUCCACCACCACUACUACCCCCUGACCUACGACCCCUACCCCUGUGACCCCGCCCCUUACUUGCGCAGGACCACCGAGCUCAAGGCCAAGAGGAGGCGCGGCCGGCCCGCCAAAGCCAGUGAGCCAAUCACGUCCAAGCUGCCUUUUGUCCAGGGGUUUGGGUAUCCGCUGGCAGGGGGGAACUACUAUGCACCGUAUGCCAUGCCUUACGCCCCGCCUCUGAGCCUGGGCUACUAUCCCCCAGCACCCCCCCUCUACCUGCCCCACCAUUCCCACGGCCCUUCACCACCCUCCCACUUCAUGAGGCCUGCUGUCCCCCCUCCUAAGUUCCACUCUGGAGGCCACUCCAAGCUCCAGGCCGGGCCCAAGCUACGGACAUCUAGCGGCCCACUGCAGGCUUCCUCUGGUCGGGGAGAAGGACUGGGAUCCCUGGGUGGUGAUGGUGGUGGGGGUCUUGGAGGGGUGAGGCUCCACAAGAGGAAACACAAGCACAAACACAAGCACAAGGAAGAGACCCCUCUCCUCUCACCCCAUGACAGACAGGAGCUGGGCGGGCUCUUCAGUGGUGCCAAGACCAAUGGGCUGCUCAACCUGUUGACUGACAGGCGGGAGAUGAACAAUCCUAAGCAUCAGGAGCAGCAAAGGGGGGGUGGGCAAGGCUCUAGAGGGGGGUCCCGAGGAGCGAUGUUUGAGUCGGACCCUCUCUCUUCUCUCUCCAUGGACCAUGUCCAGUUCCGCCCACGCAUGCCCGUACAGCCAAUGAGCAGCUUCCUGAGCAGCUACAGGAGCCAAUCACAGCGGCCAGAGCUGACCUCUGACCUUUUUAGAUUGCGGGAGGAGGGCAGUGGGCGUGGCAGAAGAAGGGGCUUAGCAGUGUUCGGAGAGGAAGGGGUGAUGUCAUUCCACAAUGCCAGGAAAGAGAAGAGCCAGGAAACAGAAGAGUCGUUCCACAAUGCCAGCCCCACUCUAACAGGUAAGAGGAGGUAUAAGCGUCAUGAGGUGGAACAGAUCCACGGUGAGGUCAGGAGGAUGUGUUCUCUCAACAAUGUGCUCAACAGUCAGAGGAGUUUUGAGCACGUGCAGAAGAUCUUGCGUGUGAAGCGUCUCCAGCGCCAGGCUAAGACUGGCAACAACGUCGUCAAGAGGCGACCUGGUCGCCCCCGGAAACACCCUAUUGAUGAAUCUGAACCCACCAGUUAUGGGAGGGAUGAAGGGAGGGGCUUCGGGAUGCCAGUGUUGGAGAGGGGGACGAAGGAACAUCUGGUCCUGGAUCAGUGGUUAGGGAAGACCUCUACCUCUACACUGAGACCAGUCUGACCAGUCCAGGACAGCCACUGGAGCUGAAUCAUACUGCAUGCGUCUCAAAUCACAGCCUACAUAGUGUACUACUACAGAACCUGUUCAAACGCAGUGUGCUGGUAUGGAGUCAUUUGAGAAGCAGCCAGUCUCUACUAAUAUGUGUAGUCGUUAACAUAUAUGUUAUGUUUCCAAGCUUUAAUGUUGUUCAACGCUGAACAUGCAGAUGAAGCGUCGAUGAGGAAACCAAUAAAUGUACUUUGCAAGAGCACAAAGUGAGCUCUUAACUGUGUUGGCAUAUUUGAGUUUGUAUACAUAGUGUAUUUGGACCUUUUUCCUAGAGUGGGUUUUCCUUUUUCUGCAUGCUCCACUUGAUUGUAUGCAUUAAGAUUUUAGACAAGCAGAGAAGUUGACUUUCAGUUGCAUUUGGAGCAAGACUUGUACAUUGUUUGAUAUGUUUGUUUUUGUAAUGGAUUUGUAAUUCAUAAAGCAUUUUUGUACAUUGUAUGAAUAUUAAAAAUGGCAAAUAUUUGACAUGUAGACAUAAGUAAAUACUUAGAUGCUCAUGCAUAUGCAUAUAUCCUUCUUAGUAUGUAUGUGUAAAUGUACACAUAUUUUGUAUUUGCCUUCACUCAUAUACAGAUAUAUGUCAAAUGCACAUAUACAUGCAAUAUACUGUAUAUGUAUAGCCAUGUCUGCUGGCAUGCUUCUGGUCAUGUUCACUUAUCAUGAUCUUGUAGUCUUUAUUUUCAGUUUUUUUUCCUCUUUUCUCUGAGGAAAAGCUCGUUCUUUUGCUACCGUUUUCCUGGCUGGCCGCAUUGGGCACUUAUUAAGAUGAAAUUGAACUUGUUCAUGUUAUUCAUUGUGUGAAAUAAUAAAUGAGUUUAUUGAAAGCUGA